CAUACACAGGUAACAAACAUUAUAGAGUUUGUUAUAUCUUAACUUGUAUUCCUAAGGGCAACAUGUGUUGUAACUAUUACUACACACAUAUUGGAUUUUUAUUUUCAAAGUAAUAGACCCAUAUAUUAUUCAGUACAAAGGUUGGAGGCAAAUUCAUUAUGCAUAGUGUGUGAUUAUAUGAUGCUUGUCAUGCGACUUAACAGGUCACUUGUAACUAUAUAAUCAUGCUAAGUUGUCAAACUGAGGUUCAGAAAAAAGUGUGUCAAGUUUGAGUAUAUGACAUUCAAGAUAACGGGCAAGAAAGGUGUUUGUUCAAGAUAUGACAGUUUAUUUCAUAUAUUGUACGAAUAUUGAAGGAUAUUUAUGCUGUUAAAAGUGGUAUAAAUUCUGACUUUGAAAUAUAAAGGAAUUAUUGAAAAUGGAAAAUUCAAUGGAAUGGUUAUCAGACGAUGUGUGCGAAGGAUUUGCCAAUUGUGGAAUCAGUGUAGAUCUAGCCAGUGACAGUAUCUCACAGUCAUUCUCAAACAAAACGGAAAAAAAUGCUUACGAAAGUGUUGGAUAUCAGGGGGAUGUUGGAUAUCAGGGGGAUAUUCGGGACUCGAAUUUUUCAGGAAAUAAUAUCAUUCAUAACGAUGCAAUGAAAGGAGUACAGAGUGAAUUAGAUUUUGGGUCAAACACACCCAGUGCUCAACAGUCAGGGCUCGUCUCAGAACCAAAAUACGAAGUUGCCGAUUCAAGUAUGGCAGAACUUCAUAAUGCAAAGAAAAGGGAACAAAAGAGAAGACCUAAACCGAAAGAUGGUUCAUCCUUAAUAUGUCAGAUAUGUGGAGACAGAGCUCUCGGUUACAAUUUUGAUGCCAUUACAUGCGAGUCAUGCAAAGCUUUCUUCAGAAGAAAUGCUCUCAAAACAAAGGUUUUCACAUGCAGUUUUGAAGGAAACUGUAAACUUGACCAACAUACUCGGAAGUUUUGCUCAGGAUGUCGGCUGAAGAAAUGUUUUGAUGUUGGCAUGAAAAAAGACUGGAUUCUCAGUGACGAACAACUGGCAAAGCGGCGUAAAAAGAGUGUGCGCUCAUCGUCAAAUGAAGAGAAAAUGUAUCACGACGAGAAAAUGUACGCAGAUGAGAAAAUGUAUCCAUUACAAAAUGAGCAGACAGCCUUGCCACAACAGAUGACGCAACCAGUCACGUAUAUGCCACCACAUAAAAUGGAAUCAUUCCAAUCACCAGGGAGCUGCAACGAUGUUGAUAACAACUCAAGAAAUUACUAUUCGGACUCUACAGAUACGAGCAACAUGAGUAGUCCACUUGCUAAUUUUACCCCAGAACAUAUUAAAAUGGAAAAAAAUGAAGAGGAUUUUUCCCGACCACUCAGUCCAGAACUUGAAGCAGAAAUCCAAAACUUGGAAAAAGAGUACGCAUCAGUGUUUGAUAGUGGCUAUUCAGAAGAUCAGGCAAAGAAAAUGGUUGAAAAGCCGCAUAAUGCCAAUGACUUAUUCAAUAUGACAGACAUAUUUAUUCGCCGUUUAAUAAAAUUUGCCAAACAUAUACCCGAGUUCAAGAACUUGAAACAAGAAGAUCAGAUCUACUUAUUAAAGGGAGGCAUCAUGGAGAUAAUGGUGUUGAGAUCUGCGAUGGGUUUUGACCCGACUAAUCACAAAUGGAAGGUGAAACAAUUGCAGGAUACGAAAGAACAUAACAUCGAUCCCUCUAUCAUCAAGGAGCAGCUAGGUACGGGUAUGUAUACGGAGCACGUGAAAUUUGUGAAAUCUCUACAUGAGCUCACGUUGAGCAACAGCACAAUAAUGACAUUGGUGUUUGUGAUCGAGAUAUUCUCACCGGAUCGACCAAGUCUGAAAAAUACAGAGGCGGUAACGCAGGCUCAAGAGAAGUUUACUCACUGGUUACAAAUGUACUUAGAAUCUAUAAUGCCAGUUCGAGAGGCACGCAUUUUGUACCCGAAACUGCUUAUGAAGCUUCUCGAUGUGAGAAACCUCGGCGAAUCGAGCGCAAAACUUGCGUCUCAUUUAGACAUCACAAAAUUAGAACCUCUUCUCAUAGAGGUGUUUAAUCUACAGAAAUGACUGGAUUUUUAAAUCCUGAAAGUAAAAUUUCUGUACAGGAAACAGAAAGCGCAGCGGUGUCACGCGUGUCAGCUAUGUGACCGCAUCAAACGAUCUCUUCUCACACAGUGGAUAACAUUUCCAGGAUGUUGACUUUUACCCAGAUGUUUUCAUAAAUGUUUUAUAAGUGUGCUAUGUUUAAUCAUGUAAACUAUCAGGACUUCAUCUUUGGAUUACCUCAGUAGGAUGAAUCAGGUCUGCUUAUGUAUAUUUUUGUGAGUUUUGUGAGUACAUGCAAGCAUGCGCAUGUGCACACAUUAGGUAAAACAUGGACAGGAUCUGCAUGCAGGGAGAGUUAUGCUAGGGGUGAGAAAGGGCGAGAAAUAGUUUAAGCAUGAGUGAAAUUAUCUUGCCGUAAUCCUCCGAGAUUUUUAUACAUUUUUCCCAGUAUUGAACAUAAAAGUUCUUGCUUUAAAUAUCAAAAUGUAUAACUUUAAUCAUUACAACUUUUAACCUUAAAUUAAUUGACAUAAUGAAUGGCCUGUGGCUGUUAUUCUCAUUAUUAUGUAUUUUUAGAAUGCUGUUAAUUAUUUAAUUAAUUUUCUGUCUACAGUCAGUUUAAGUGGCCUGAAUGAGGUUAAGAAUUGUGAUGUGUUUUGUUUAUCAUCUUCAGACUUUUAGCCCUUAUCAUGCUGGACACGAUCGAUUCUGCCUUUGCCACCAGUGAAGAUCAUGAUCAGGCUGCACAUCCGUGCAGUCCGAUCAUGAUCUGCUCUGUUCGCUAUUCAGUCAGUAUGUUUUUGGUAAGCACCCCUUUUAACAGUUAAUGGCACUGACCAAAUUGAAAGAUGGACAAGUUCAUCAUAUAAAUUUAGCAGGGUAGGGGUUAAUCCAGUGUUUGUAUAAUGUAUCAUUAUACUGUUAAGUAUUUGAAAGAUUAUGAAAGCCAGAUACAAGCAGACUGAAAUAAUCCUUUAGUCUAUGAAGGAUGGACUCGCCCAUUUGUUGUCGUCCAUGUCCCAGUUUGGUUUUUGUACAUAAGCUGACUGGGAAUGAAUUGAAACUUCACACACUUAUAUUCAUUGUGAUAAACAGACAUGCAGUGCAUAGGUUCCAUAACUUUAUUUUGUAUUUUUACCAAAUUAUACCCUGUUUACGACUUACCAGUGAGCUUUUGUUUGUAAGCUGGUAUCUCAGUACCCACCAAUUGGACAACAUACUUUUUUCACUUGCAAGGCUUACGUUCCAUAACUCUAUACUGCUUUUAUUUUUAUUUUUUACAAAUUAUGCGCCUUUUUUCCACUUUUGUAUCCAUUCUAAAUUUUACCUUUUUGUAAUAAAGAGACAAAGCAUUGUGUGUUGGCCAAUCAGGAGGCUCGAAUCUCAUACAGACUUGGUCUUUGGCCAAUCAGAGUGCUUGGUCUUAUUGUAUAACUAGCAAACCCAAUACUGAAAUACCUAACAUCAUGUCAAAACGCAAAAUUAGUAGAUAGUUCAAGCUGAUAUCAAGCUGUUGGCAAGUCCUUUUUUGUAAGCAGUUUGUUUUUAUGCGUGCUGGUACAUGUGUGAAAGAUAAUCAUUGUUGUAGUGGAGUGGUGUAUGUUUGCUUUGUAGUAAUGAUUGUGCAAAAUGAUAAACUGUUAUGAAUUUUGUUCCUUUUUCACCAUAUAAUCACAAAGAAUGAUUUUUCACCUAGUAUGCCAGACCCAAUGUGAAGUAUUUGGUUAAGACAGAAAUAAUGAGUUUCUUUGUUUUACAUUGUACGAUCAAAAUAUCUUGCACCGGUAAACUUCAGAAUUUACAUAUUAAAGAUGUUGCAUACAUUAUUCAGGCCUGGAAAGAUCUUACGAUAAAAAAAUUUGCUGUUUACCAUCACCUGUGUACAAAUGACUGGUAAGUGCGCCCUUCUGUCAAUACACUCAAUCAGUUUUUUUGCUCUGGUGAUGAUUAUAAAGCCUCAGAAUUGGAAAGUUACACAAAUUGUGUUUUCGUUGAUAAAUCAUUUUAACCAAAUCAAUGGGGUUUUUUUUACCAAGAGGGGAAGGGGCCCAGGCAUAUGAUUUAGUGGAAAAAAUAGCUUGGUAUUUGGGCAAAGGGGAAUAAAGGGGCCCAGGCCUGUGAUUUAGGGGGAAAAAUAGCUUGGUAUUUGGGCAAAGGGGAAUAAAGGAGCCCAGGCCUGUGAACCAGGGGAAAAAAUAGCUUGGUAUUUGGGCAAAGGGGAAUAAAGGGGCCCAGGCCUGUGAACCAGGGCAAAAAAUAGCUUGGUAUUUUGGCAAAGGGGAAUAAAGGGGCCCGGGCCUGUGAACCAGGGCAAAAAAUAGCUUGGUAUUUGGGCAAAGGGGAAUAAAAAACCUGAUGUAAAGUCAAUUUUUGGGGAAAACAGUACGAUUUAAAAGAAAUUUUCUUUGGGAAAGAGGCCUGUUGAAGGCCCCUAUAUAGAAGGAAAAAACCCUGCAAAUCAACGAAAAUCCUUUUUGUGUAAACUAAAAUGGACUGUUCUUUGCAUUUUUUCCUAAAAGAUCAUACUAUUUGUGGAUAGCUUGUUGGUGGUAUUCAGGGUUAGUGUAAGAUUUACAAUGCUGCACAAGGUGAAACAGCUGGAAUAUAUGGUUAAAAUAUAUCAUCUGAUGUCUUUUAUAGAACAUUCUUUCUAUUGGAAAUGUCAAGGUUCUUUGGUUUGUAUUGAUAUAUUCCCAACUAUAUCACAUCUUUCCCAUAAACUUUGAAAUUAAGAGAAUUAUACUGUUGGUUUAUGAUUAGAAAUGUGAAAAUAGAUUAAUUUUUUUUUGUAGAAAUGAUGAAAAGGUAUGCUUUAACCGCUUCUUGCAAGUUUUGCCUGCAAAAAAGAAAGAAAUGAAGGCAGAUUAGAUUCUAUAAUUCAUCUGGUCUUAUGCCGCUCUUGAAACAGUUUUUAUUGUUAAUUAAUUAAGGAGUCAGUGCAAAAGUAAUUGCAAUGUAUUCAGUUUGCUCCAUCUCUUCAGCUAGAAAUCGCGAAGCAAAUUUUAAUUAGAUUGAAAUUAUUCCAUUUUUUUGACAGUGUAAGGUGUACUCUCUGAAAUUUUGACCCAUCAAUGAGAGUGCUUUUUUACCUUCUCUAUUGUGAGCAGUUUUUCUACCAAUUUGGAUUAACAACAUGAGUUGUUUUUUUUCUUCUUUUUAUCUUUUUCUAUGGUGAAAAGUUCAGCAAUAUGGCUUUGAAAGAAUAAGUCAUUUUACAGAAAUUCACUGAGAUCUCAAAACAGUAAUAUUUGCUGCUAUUUUUGCAUUACGUGGUCUCGUGAUAUUUGAUUUUUGUGAGAACAACAAUUUGCAGAGUGCUACCUACAGGAAACAGAUUUGACCUCCUUUGAAAGCUGAUUACGUUUCACUUCCUUAUUUGGGCAUAAAUGGGAUAAUUAUUUUUAAAUGCCAUUGUUGAUCCUUGGGGGAAGUAAUUUCUUUAAUCAGUUAUUAAGUGUUGCCUAAUUACUUGAUGAUAUUACCCAGCUAUUGUCUUAAAUUGUUAUUGCAACUAUUGUUAGUGUCUUAACUCACAAAAUUAAUUAAAUACUUAUGAGUUUUUGAUAUCUUUUACACUUUCGCAGCAAGCGAAAUGCUGUAUCAUGUUGAAUGCCGUACCAUGAAAUUAGAGUUAGCUUCCUUGACAAUGUAAUAAUCUCAACAUUGAUCUGCAUCUGAAGUAAUUUAAAUUUUACUCUGAUUCAAGUGCUUCUGUGGGGAAAAAAAAUGAAGUAUUGAUAGAGAAUAAAAAAAAAACUGACUGAUAUUAUAUUACCUGAAAUGUAUUGAAUAAGCCUUGACAUUGUAGUUAACAAAUACAAUGACCUGCAGCUGCAAGAACCUUCUCUACCUCCUACAGUUUCUACAGCGCUUCCUCAACUGGGUGAAUACUCAGUGAAUGUUUUCCACCAUUAUCUAUUGUGAGGAAGUCCGCUAUUUGGGUAUCUUCCAUAAAUCCAGGCGAGGCAUUAAGUUUUACUGAAAUAGUAGCGUUGGAUUAAAAAAAACAACCAGGAAACGGUGCUGCUCCAGCCUCAAAGGUGACAUUAAAACUGAUACAUACAGAACAGAAGAUUAUAAUGCAUUAGUAUGAUCUCUUUACCUUUUAGGUAUGCUCUACCAAACAUGUAACGCGAUUUAAAACUAUAAAUUGUUUAAUUACCUGACCCUACUAAGGUAAGCUGAUGAGUGAAACCGGAGACAUGACCUUUGGUCAACUUAGACAGAAUCUUGAGACAUAACCUUUGGUCAUCUUGGACAGAAUUGUGAGACAUGACCUUUGGUCAACUUGGACAGAAUCGUGAGACAUGACCUUUGGUCAACUUGGACAUAAUCUUGAGACAUGACCUUUGGUCAACUUGGACAGAAUCGUGAGACAUGACCUUUGGUCAACUUGGACAGAAUCUUGAGACAUGACCUUUGGUCAACUUGGACAGAAUCGUGAGACAUGACCUUUGGUCAACUUGGACAGAAUCUUGAGACAUGACCUUUGGUCAACUUGGACAGAAUCUUGAGACAUGACCUUUGGUCAACUUUGACAGAAUCUUGAGACAUGACCUUUGGUCAUCUUGGACAGAAUCGUGAGACAUGACCUUUGGUCAACUUGGACAGAAUCGUGAGACAUGACCUUUGGUGCACAGAAUCAUGAGACAUGGCCUUUGGUGGACAGAAUCGUGAGACACGACCUUUGGUGACGUUUGGUCAACUUGGACAGAAUCGUGAGACAUGACUUUUGGUCAACUUUUACAGAAUCGUGAGACAUGACCUUUGGUCAACUUGGACAGAAUCGUGAGACAUGACCUUUGGUCAACUUGGACAGAAUCUUGAGACAUGACCUUUGGUCAACUUUGACAGAAUCUUGAGGCAUGACCUUUGGUCAUCUUGGACAGAAUCGUGAGACAUGACCUUUGGUCAACUUUGACAGAAUCUUGAGACAUGACCUUUGGUCAUCUUGGACAGAAUUGUGAGACAUGACCUUUGGUGGACAGAAUCGUGAGACAUGACCUUUGGUGACGUUUGGUCAACUUGGACAGAAUCUUGAGACUUGACCUUUGGUCAACUUAGGCAGAAUCUGGAGACUUGACUUUUGGUCAUCUUGGACAGAAUCUUGAGACUUGAACUUUGGUCAGCUUGGACAGAAUCUUGAGACUUGACCUUUGGUCAACUUUAACUGAAACUGGAGAUACAAGCUUUUGUCAACUAGAACUGGAACUGGAGUCCUGGUCUCCAAUCAACUUGCACUAGAGCUGGAGAACUGACCUUUAGGUAAACUUUGGUUAUCUUUGCUUGAAACUGGAGAAAUAACAUUUAGUCUACUUGAAAGUGGAUUUCAGGUCUCACAUCAUCUUUGACUGGAAUUGGAGAAAUGACCUUUUUGUUAACUUUGACUGAAACUGGUGGCUAUGCCCUCAGGGUCAUCCUUGACUGAAACUGCUGGCUCUUCCCUCGGGGUCAUCCCAGACUGAAACUGCUGGCUCUGCACUCAGGGUCAUCCUGGACUGAAACUGCUGGCUCUUCCCUCGGGGGUCAUCCUAGACUGAAACUGCUGGCUCUGCCACAGGUCAUCCUAGACUGAAACUGCUGGCUCUGCUCUCUGGGUCAUCCUAGGCUGAAACUGCUGGCUCUGCCACAGGUUUGACUUGACUGAAAUUGUUGGCUCUGCCUCAUCAUCCUGGACUGAAACUGGUGGCUCUGCCUCAGGUCAGCCUUGACUGAAAUUGUAGGCUCUGCCUCAGGUCAGCCUUGACUGAAAUUGUAGGCUGUGCCUCUGGUCAGCCUUGACUGAAAUUGUAGGUCUGCCUCAGGUCAGCCUUGACUGAAACUGUAGAUAUAACCUCAGGUGAACUAGGAUUGAAACUUGAGGCUCGGGUUUAGAUUGAAUUGAACUGAAACUGUAGUCUUAUAUAUUAAACAUUGAACUGCUCGGUUCAGGCUUCAGUUAGCAAACUUUAUAUGCAAUUGUCAGACAAAGCUGCUUUUUUGAUAUACAUUUAGCUUGCUGUAUGAAUGUUGUAAAACUGCAUUAAAUUUUAUGUUAUUUCACAUUUUGUUUAAAAAAAAUAUUUUUCAUUUUUUAUGUAAAUAUUAAAGUUUAUGUUCAUGUGUGUUGAAACAUUAUGUCAUAGAUUUGAAGAAAACUUUUUACACUCCACUUCAAACAAAGUCUAGCCGUUACCAUGCUGAACACGAUUGAUUCUGCCUUUGCGACCAGUGCAUAUCAUGAUCAGCCUGCACAUCCAUGCAGUCUGAUCAUGACCUGCACUGUUUGCCAUUCAGUCAGUAUAUUUUUGGUAUGCAUCCCUUUUAACAGUUAAUGGUACUGUCCAAAUUGAAAGAUGGACAAGUUCAUUAUAGAAAUUUAGCAGAUUAAGGGAGUAUACAGGAGUCACCUUACAGUUGGUCAGCCCAUCAAUUGAUCUGUUACAAAAAAUAAUAACCCAAUAACUUCCUCACUUUUAAAGGGAUUUCAAUGAAACUUUAUAAACAGUAUCACCAUGGAAACUAGUGUGCAUGAUUUUUCAGCAUUGGUCCAAGCAUUGCCGAGUUGAGGGCCCUUACAAACUUCUACCACAGAUUUAAAUGAAACUUUUUUUCACAAAAUCUCCAUGAUAGGUGAAUUUGCAUAACAAACUUUCUGGUCAGUUGACACACGUGGGGCCUCCGUGGCCGAGUGGUUAAGGUCGCUGACUUCAAACCACUUGCCCCUCAAUGAUGUGGGUUCGAGCCUCACUAGGGUUGUUGAAUUCUUCAUGUGAGGAAGCCAUCCAGCUGGCUUACGGAAGGUCGGUGGUUCUACCCAGGUGCCCGCUCGUGAUGAAAUAAUGCACGGAGGGGCACCUGGGGUCUUCCUCCACCAUCAAAGCUGGAAAGUCACCAUAUGACCUGUAACUGUGUCAGUGCGACGUUAAACAAAAAAAAAACAAAUAAAUACAGUUGACACACUGAGGAGUUAUGCUUCCUUGGGCUAAGACAAAAUAUUUAUACUGCAUUAUUGGUGCAUUGAAGUAUGUGAGACAAACUACUUCCUGUUUCAUAUGGACUUGAAUCAAACUUCAUACACUUGAUCACUUUGGAGAGGUGUGUAUUUUGAAUUUGCACAGAGUUUUAUGUUCCGUAUUGUGGGGUACUCGUCUUAUUUAUUGAUAGCUCUAUCUUAUAAAUGUUACAAUCACAAAGAAAUGUUAUAACUGUGAAAAUUGAGUGCCACUGCAUAAAUUCAAAGGAAGUAUGUAAAUAUUAUAACACCUGUAGGAAGGGGUGUUGUAACAAUGUUAAUUCUUACUGAAGAUGAAAUAUACGGUUAAUAUAUUAUAUGUUGUUAAUAUUGUAUGUGCUAUUGUUGAGUUGUAUCCGGUGAUUUUACAUAUCUGAUAAUCCCCGUUCCCAGUGCUCUCUGUUGUUAUAGUUAUUGUUAAUGGUGUCUGGACAUUUUAACACCAGUUAAACCCCGCCUCCUGAGCCCUUAUAGGCCCAUGACAAAGUCCCAUCUUCUUUUUUUUGCCAUGCAAGUUUUGCUGAAACUGUGUGCUUUCCUAACAAGAACAGAACAGAAGAAAAUAAUUCCAGCCUCAGUUUCAUACUCUAUGUAUAUGUACAUCGAAAACCAUUGUUUCACGUGGUGUUUUUUAACAAAUAAUAUAAUUACUGUUUGAAGAUAAUUAUUCUGGUUUUGUUUUACAUGUGCUAGGUUUAAUUAAACUCCGGUGAUAUCCUAGAAAUCUGUGAAAAUUCCUAUCACAGAAAUGGAUUUCUUAAUAUUUUUAUAUUGCUUUUUUGCAUUCCUUCUUGUCAGAGGACCUUAAGAACAAGCUUUCUCCUUAAGUUAAGUUGUGAUAUUUUUUAUCAGUUCUAGAAAAUGAGAAGUCAUGUAUACAUGACUGGAGGAUUUUUUUUUUCAUCCUAACUAAAAACAGACAAUUUAGCAUAUAAAUAUUAUUCAUUGGUGUUGUUUUGCAUUGUUUCAUCAGUUAAGAUUUAUAAAGAUUUUCCAAAGUAGAAUAAAAUGAAAAUAGAAGGUAGAAAUGUUGUUGUUUUGCCUCAUUCUAUCAGUUUAGAGUCAUUAAGGUUUUCAAGAAUAGAAUAAGUUAAAAAUAAAAUGAGCUACGCCAUGAGAAAACCGACAUGGUGGCUUUGCGACCAGCAUGGAUCCAGACCAGCCUGUGGAUCCGCGCAGUCUGGUCAAGAUCCAUGCUGUUCGCUAACAGUUUCCCCAAUUGCAAUAUGCUUUGAAAGCGAACAGCAUGGAUCCUGACCAGACUGCGUGGAUGCGCAGGCUGGUCUGGAUCCAUGCUGGUUGCAAAGCCACUAUGUUGGUUUUCUCACGGCGCGGCUCAAAUUUAAAAAUGUAGAAUAAUGUCAUGUAGAACAGUGAAUGUUUAUACAUACAUAAUGAUUUAGAACUGCACAGAAUAUCAAAUUUAAAUAAGCUGUCAAAAUUGAAAUUAUUUUAUAGUUUUAGCUGUCAUAUUGUUUUUUAUUGAAUCAUUUUAUAAUUCAAAUAAUUUUAUUAAUCCAGAGUGUGUUUAGAUUAAGUACGAGAUAAUUUAGCAAGUUUUAAGAAAAUUUAAUACCAGUUUAAGUGUUUUUAUAAAACAUUGUGCAACUGUUCUCCUAUGCUAUAGGAGCAAGAAAACUUUUAUAUGUUUAUUUAUGACAAUAUUACAUUUCAAUAAUGAAACAGCUUUAAAUAUCUGUUAACUUCAAAUAUUUUAUAUUGACAAUACACAUUCUUAACAUAUUUUAGCUUUUUUACAUGAGAUAUUGCUGUGUGAGGUAGUUUGUAAAGACAAAUUGCAAACAUCAGUUUGCCUGCUUUAGACUGGAAUAUAGAUUUUAUCUUUUAUGUAUGAAAAGAUAUAUGACACGUAGUUAUAUAGGAGUGAAUAGUGUUAUAUUAAUUAUACCCCCAAGUUGGGGGAGCGGGGUGUAUAUAGGAGUGAGCUUGGCGGUCGGUCUGUUGGUUUUUGUGGUUUCCGGAUGAUAACUCAUGAAAGGCUUGACGGAUUUGAAUAAUUUUGGUACACAGGUGUAACAUCAGAAAAUACAGGUCAAGUUCGAAGUUGGGGUCAAUAGGUCAAAGGUCAAGGUCACAGUGACCCUGAACAAUUAAAUGGUUUCCGGAUGAUAACUUGAGAAGGCUUGGGCCUAUGAUCAUAUAUUUUGGUACACAGGUGUAACAUCAUGAAAUACAGGUCAAGUUCGACUUUUGGGGCCUGUAGGUCAAAGGUCAAGGUCACAGUGACUCGGAACAGUUAAAUGGUUUCCGGAUGAUAACUUGAAAAUGCUUGGGUCUAGGAUCAUGUUUUGGUACACAGAUGUAACAUCAUGAAAUACAGGUCAAGCUUUACUUUGAGGUCAGUAGGUCAAGGUCACAGUGACUCGUAACAGUUAAACGGUUUCCAGAUGAUAACUUGAGAGCGCUUGGGUCUAGGAUCAUAAAUUUUUGUACACUGGUGUAACAUGCUGAAAUACAGGUCAAGUUUGACUUUGAGUCUAGUAAGUCAAAGGUCAAGGUCAUAAUAACACGAAACAGUUAAACGGUUUCCGGAUGAUAACUUGAGAACGCAUGAAAAUUGAUAGUGAGGUUGGUUAUGACCAGCAGAUGACCCCAAAUGAUUUUGAGGUCAGUAGGUCACAGGUCAAGGUCACAGCGACCCGGAACAUUUAAACGGUUUUUGGACAAUAACUUCAGAACACUUGGGACUAGGAUCAUGAAACUUAAUAGGGAGGUUGGUCAUGACCUGCAGAUUACCUGUAUUGAUUUAAGAGUUCCAAAGGUCAAAGGUCAGAGUGACCCUGAAAAAUCAAACCUUUUCAGAACAAUAACUUGAGAACGCUUGAGCCGAGGAUCAUGAAACUUCAUAGGGAGGUUGAUCAUGACCAGCAAAUGACCUCUAUCGGUUUUGAGGUCAGUAGGUCAAAGGUCAAGCAAGUUCAGCUUUGACACUGGCUUAGUUCUGUGACAAGGCCAUAUUGUGGGGGUAUAUUUCGUCACUCCUGUGACAACUCUAGUUUCAACUGUUUUAGAUUUAAUUUUAAAUGCAACAUGUAUUUUGAUAGGGAAAUAUACAAAGAGUCGUAUACAAUAAGUUUUUUUGUGUUCGAAUUAUGAAACAUGCAACAAAACAUGUUAUUUUAAGAUUAUCAACAUAAAGGAAUCAAGUUGAUGGUAUUUUCAAACAAAGUAAGAUUACCUAGCAUCUAUUUAAUGGAAUAGAAUCUUCACAGUAACAUUGAUAUUUGAAGGUACAUACUUUUGGGGACCUUAAAGUUAAACUUAAGUUAAUAUAAAAGAGUUUAACUUAAUUUAGUUUAUCUUGAAGUUUAACUUAAUUUAUUUUUUAAUUUAUUUAGCUAAAGAGAGUGUAACGUAAUUCAUGUAGCUUAUUUUAAGUUAUUUGACAGAUGAAUUUCUCCAAAAACUAAACUGAGGGUAUCUGUAGUGUCUACUGAAGGACCCUUUUAAGGGCAUCAAGCUCCCGUCUGUCACAUAAGCCAUGUCAAACUGCCAACAUGUAGGGAUAGUCACAUACUUCCAUCCUCAUUCAUAAGUAUUCAGUUACUAGCAGAUUAAAAUAUAGUGGCACAUAAUUCAGGAAAACUGGGACUUAGCUAGUUGGUUCCCGUGUUCUGGUUUGAGAUACAUGUAGUAAGGUGAGACAUACACUCUUGGAAAAAAACAAUCUCUUUCAUAGCAUUUACCAAAAGCAGAAAUAUAUUUAGUUAUCAGCUACCAUCCAGUAGGCAAUAACUAUAACAUAAAUUUUAUGUGCAAUAUGGAUGUUACCUAGCUGCUAAUUGUAUUUUUCAGUCUUAAUAAUUGCUAUGAAACAGAAAAUUUGAAAUAUCUGCUUUAGUUGCUAGUUGUUGUUAGUAUGUCCCUGUGGUAGCACUAUGAUUUGUAGUAUUUUUUUCUCAACAUUUGGUAAGGCUUUGCUAAAGAGAACAUUUGCAGACCUCAUUGGAUGUAAAAUUUUGUACCCUCUUGAGAACUGUAUUUGAAAUAAAUUUAAGGCUGCAUGUCUCCUGAUAUACACCAAGCUCUUAAAAUCAUACACCAUAAAAGUAAAUUGUUGAUUUUGAAAUAAGGUACCUUGCUGAAUAGCUGUAUAGAAAAGUUGAAAAAAAUUAAACAAUGGUGUAAAUUUGAAGCCAUGCUGCUUUGUUACUCUGAAGGUGCAAAAUCCAGCCGGUGUUUUUCAAUAUAUUUUAUCAUUGUUAAGGUUCCAGACGGUGUUUUAAAGUAACAGUUUCACACCAUAUUUUAUCAAUGUUCCAGCCGGUGUUUUAAAUAACAUUUUUAAAGUAACAGUUUCACACAAUAUUUUAUCAUUGUUAAGGUUCCAGCCGGUGUUUUAAAGUAACAGUUUCACACCAUAUUUUAUCAUUGUUAAGGUUCCAGCCGUUGUUUUAAAGUAAAAGUUUCACACCAUAUUUUAUCAUUGUUAAAGUUCCAGCCGGUGUUAUAAAGUAACAAUUUUAAAGUAACAGUUUCACACAAUAUUUUGUCAUUGUUAAGGUUCCAGCCAGUGUUUUAAAGUAAUAGUUUCACACCAUAUUUUAUCAUUGUUAAGGUUCCAGCCGGUGUUUUAAAGUAACAUUUUUAAAGUAACAGUUUCACACAAUAUUUUAUCAUUGUUGAGGUUCCAGCCGGUGUUUUAAAGUAACAGUUUCACACCAUAUUUUAUCAUUGUUAAGGUUCCAGCCGGUGUUUUAAAGUAACAAUUUUAAAGUAACAGUUUCACACUAUAUUUUAUCAUGCCGGUGUUUUAAAGUAACAGUUUUACACUCUAUUUUAUCAUUGUUAAGGUUUUAGCCAGUGUUUAAAGUAACAGUUUCACACUAUAUUUUAUCAUUGUUAAGGUUCCAGCCAGUGUUUAAAGUAAUAGUUUCACACUAUAUUUUAUCAUUGUUAAGGUUCCAGCCGGUGUUUAAAGUAACAGUUUCACACUAUAUUUUAUCAUUGUUAAGGUUCCACCCAGUGUUUUAAAGUAACAGUUUCACACUAUAUUUUAUCAUUGUUAAGGUUCCAGCCGGUGUUUUAAAGUAACAGUUUCACACCAUAUUUUAUCAUUGUUCAGGUUCCAGCCGGUGUUUUAAAGUAACAGUUUCACACCAUAUUUUAUCAUUGUUCAGGUUCCAGCCGGUGUUUUAAAGUAACAGUUUCACACGAUAUUUUAUCAUUGUUAAGGUUCCAGCCGGUGUUUAAAGUAACAGUUUCACACUAUAUUUUAUCAUUGUUAAGGUUUUAGCCGGUGUUUAAAGUAACAGUUUCACACUAUAUUUUAUCAUUGUUAAGGUUCCAGCCGGUGUUUAAAGUAACAGUUUCACACUAUAUUUUAUCAUUGUUAAGGUUCCAGCCGGUGUUUAAAGUAACAGUUUCACACUAUAUUUUAUCAUUGUUAUAUAAUGAAGUUCUGUACUGAUAUAUAUAUAUUUAUUACUCACUGUUUCUAAAACAUUGUGACUUGUUACAGAGCCAUUUGUUCCUUAGUUUGUAGACUUGCUCAAAUAUUGUCAUCAGAUGAAAUUGUUAUCAUUAAAAUGUGGGUAUUGUAGUAAAA